GAGGUAAAGCUGGCUGUGGUUGUAGCUGCAACUCAUCCUCAAAACAUACUCCGAGUGCUACUUUGAAAGAUUUGCCAUUACAUACAUCACACGCACACACACACACACACACACACACACACACACACGUGUGCGGAGGUGGUUAGUUGGGUAUGUUUCUGUUAAAGCAGGUGCAGCAUGAGCUCAGCAGGAGAAGACGACGCCGCCACAUCAUUAGAAACGGUAAAAUCUGUCACUUUAACUCGAGAAGCUGAUGGAAGCAUCAUCCUCCACUGUCCUCCAACUGACGAUGAUUCGGAGCCUCUUCAGAAGAAACUUCGACUUUCUGCAGAAGAAACCUCUGAGACGUCUCAGUUCUCCAUCGUCACUCUGCCCAUGUCGGAGAGCGACGAGGGCUUCGAGGUGACGAUGACGGCCACCGCAGAGGGAGAUCUGUCCGAUGACGGCGUCGCUCACAUCGAGAUCCUUCCUGAGGAUGAAGAUCAGAAGGCAGAGGUGUCCCUGGUCAGUCAGGCCUGGUUCACCACUAAAGAGGACAAAGAUACGCUGGCUAACAAAGGUCACAAGUGGAAGCAGGGCAUGUGGUCGAAGGAGGAGAUCGACAUUCUGAUGAGCAACAUCGACCGAUACGUGAAGGGCCRCGGGAUCCAGGACCCUGCAGAGAUCAUCUUUGAGAUGUCCAAAGAGGAGAGGAAGGACUUUUACCGCUCGGUGGCGCUGGGCUUAAACCGGCCGCUGUUCGCCGUCUACAGGCGAGUUCUGCGCAUGUACGACAACCGAAACCACGUGGGAAAGUACACGCCCGAAGAGAUCGAGAAGCUGAAAGUGCUGCGGGAGGAACACGGGAACGACUGGGCGACGAUCGGAGCGGCUCUCGGCCGCAGCGCCUCUUCGGUCAAAGAUCGCUGUCGGCUGAUGAAGGACACRUGUAACACAGGGAAAUGGAGCGAGGAGGAGGAGAAACGCUUGGCGGAGGUCGUGUAUGAGAUGGCGGGCGUGUUGCCGGGCUCGGCGGUCACCGGAGGGGUUUCCUGGGCGACGGUCGCAGAGCGAGUCCGCACGCGCUCCGAGAAGCAGUGUCGCUCAAAAUGGCUGAACUACCUGAACUGGAAACACAGCGGAGGAGCCGAGUGGACGAAGGAGGACGACCUGAGCCUCCUGCGCAGGAUCUCGGCGCUGAAGGUAAAGGACGAGAAUGACAUCCAGUGGGAGGAGCUGGCCUGUGGCUGGAGCAGCGUCCGCUCGCCUCAGUGGCUCCGGUCCAAGUGGUGGAGCAUCAAGAGACAAGUGGCCAACCACAAGGACAUCCCGUUCAGCGUCCUCCUAAAAGGUCUGGAGGAGCUGAUGACGUCCUCGCAGACAACAUCUGUACCCGGGAGUCCCUCCCCUUCCUCGCUGCAGAUACGACUCACUCGAUUGGACGAGAGCGGCGGUGGCAGCGGUAGCCCCGCCCCCGGCUCUGUGGCAGCGCUGCAGAUCCCCGUACAGAUCCCGCUGCAAAUCACGCACCUUGCUUCAGAUUCUGUGGCGGCCGGAGACGGAGACACCAUCACCCUGAACAMCGGCGCCAUGCAGACCUUCGAGAUCCUGCCUUCCUUCCACCUUCAGCCCACCGGCACCCCGGGGACCUACUUCCUCCAGACGACGUCCAACCAGAGCCUUCCUCUCAGCUUAGCAAAUAACAGCACUGUUACCCUGACGACAGGCUCCUCCCCCUCAUCACACGAGCACAUCAUCCUCCACAGCCUGUCGACCGACGCCCUCUGCUCCAGCGACGGUGUCAUCAUCCAGACCGUCUCCUCUGACCCCGCCUCCUCAGAGCCACAGCUGGUCAUGGAGACUGAGGGGCGGAGCCAUGACAACCAGCUGGACGCCAUGAGCCUGCUGGAGGRAUCGACGACGGUCGUCACCGAAACCCAGGAGUCGGUAACGGAGAGGGUCACUGACAAGGGUCCGUCCUCCCCGUCGUCUCAACGUGCAGCGGUGCAUUCUGGGAUACCUCCGGGCAGCGCGGUGCUCAUCGUGUCUCCUCCCAACAUCAGCAGCACUCUGACAGACCCCAUCCUGGAGAACCAGGAAGGUUCUGACUGAACCGGACCGGACCGACCCGGCGCCGUGUCCCCGCUGCAAACUGUGAGUGAACUGGAGUGAUUUCAGUAAAUCCCUGGAUGAAAUGUGAGCACAGCUUCGGAUCGAAACGCUGCGGCAGGACCAAGUGUUUGGACCGAAUGAGACCCGGACAGAACCGAUCAGCUGGACUUUAUUUAAAAUGUGAACCAGUGAAGAGGACGGGCUUUUCUGGGUGGGAAUAAUAAUCAAGAUGAACUAUUUAAAUCUGUUUUCUUUUAAAUUAAACAAUAAUUAUGUCUUCAA